GAAAACAAUCACAUGCUCGCAGAGCGCUGACGGAGUUGAACGAGGGAGGAGAUUUCUGAACCCGGCUCGAGGAGAUUCCUCGAGCGUGACGAGCGUUUCUUGAGACACUGACGACGGGCGAAUGUGGACGAUCGACUGUCGUGGGAAUCGAGAGCUGUCCGAAGCUCGGGAAUAAGGGGAGUCCACGAUGGCCUCUCGGAGAUGAGCCCAUGGUGUGACACUCAUUUCGAUCAGGGGAAGCUUGUGGCGCCAUGAGCAGAGACGUGAAAUCGCACAGAGGUGCCCACAUUUCCGACAGGGAUGGCAGGGAUGAUCGACGGGGAGAGGAUUUGAGUCCCGCUAUGGAUGUUGACAGUGACGAUGGAGGUAGGUCUCCACGGCGGAGGUUUCCUGUGAAAGUCGAGAGGAGGCGAGAGCGAGAUUGGGGAGGCAGCAGUCGAGAACGCGGACGGGAGAGGGAUAGGGAUCGAGGCAGUGACAGAGGUCAUGACCGCGAGAGGGAACGAGAGCGGGACCGCGACUGGGAGAAAGAAAGGGAUCGAGGAGACAGGGGCGAACGAGGACGAGAAGGAGAUAGAGAACGAGAGCGGAGUCGGAAGAGAGAGCGGGAGAGAGACAGCCGACGGUCUCGCUCGCCCCGCCAUGAUCAUCAGUGGGCUACUCCCGAUGAUUAUGACAGCCGGAAAGAACCCCGACUUCAAGGAAGAGGCCGAGACACUAGCAUUGAUCGUGAUAAAUCCCACAAGAAGGGCGUCGACCAUAGGGGGGAUGACGAUGUUAUGGCCACGGAGGGUCAGAGAGCAGCUAUUGUUGCCGAGUUUGUAGACGGUAUCGUUCGAGAACACGAGCAGCACGUCGAAGCCUCUUACCUUACUUCACCUGCUGUGGUUGCUCAAGGAUCUCCUGCUGUUGUUCAAGCAGAUGAGGAAGAGAUGAUGAAGAAGUUGGGAAUUCCUGUCGGCUUCACGACUACGAAAGGGAAAUAUGUUUCUGAUGCCAAUCACAGUGCAGUCAAGCUGACCACGAAGCGCACGCCUAGGCAAUACAUGAACAGACGGGGUGGUUUCAAUCGUCCUCUACCUGCCGAGACGAACAGAUAAUUGGCGAGUUUAAGCAACCACUAAAACUCGUGAAAUUAUGGCAAGAUUUUUUCUUCACUUCCUGAAUGAACUCGAGUCGCUGAUUUCUUUCAGAAGCUGGAGCAUACGAAUCAACCAAAUGUCAAUCGCAUCAUCUAAUAGGUAUGACCUAGGCUGUGGGGUUGUGGUGCUACCCGCAGUUCUCUCUGGCAGUCAUUGUCUAGAAGGUUAUACUUGAUAUCUUUAUCGAGUAGGGCCCGAAGCUGGCGCCUGAGCUGCAUUAGUUAGCGGAAGCGAUUUCUGUAUUUGUUUAAGGACCGUGAUGACUACUAUGUAACAUUGCAGGUUUAAUGCACAUUUUGUAAGGAAAGUUCUUCUGCU